GCAGAAUUGUAUCAUCGUUUUAGAAGCGGGCACUGACUGCUAGCACCAUCCCCGGUUCACAGAGGAGUGGAUGACGUGGAGACCUCAGUGGGAGCCUCCCAGGAUGGUGGUCACGCCGGGUGCCCUGAAUGUGGUGGAAAAGUCGCGGAACAUGACAGAAUCCGAGUGCUUUCAGUCUCGGAGUACUGUCCUGCGGGGGCAGCCCUUCGGGGGCAUCCCCACUGUGCUGGUCAUCAACGUCAUCUUGUGGGUGCUCAUCGUUUUGAUUUACUCCUUCCUCCGGAAAGCCGCGUGGGAUUAUGGGCGCCUGGGUCUGCUGAUAAACAAUGACAGCCUGACUUCGCUGAUCUACGGGGAGCACAGUGAGAAGACGUCUCCCUCGGACAUUUCCCUGGAGAUGGAACACAAGGACAAGGGCUGCUAUUCCUGGUUCUUCAACACCAUCACCAUGAAGAACGCAGAUCUGAUCAGCAAGUGUGGAGACGAUGCCCGCAUCUACAUCAUGUUCCAGUACCAUCUCAUCAUCUUCGUGCUCAUCCUCUGCAUCCCCUCCUUGGGCAUCAUUCUGCCCAUCAACUACAGUGGCAACGUGCUGGACUGGAAUAGUCACUUUGGUCGGACCACCAUCGUCAAUGUCUCCACAGAGAGUAGGAUUCUGUGGCUGCACAGUUUCUUGUCCUUGUUCUACUUCAUCACCAACCUCUUCUUCAUGGCUCAUCACUGCUUGUGGUUCGUGCCCAGGAAGAGCUCCAAGGUCACAAGGACACUGAUGAUCACCUAUGUCCCCAAAGACAUCCAAGACCCAGAAAUCAUCAUUAGGCAUUUUCACGAGGCCUAUCCAGGGUGCGUAGUGACCAGAGUCCACUUCUGCUAUGACGUCAGGACCCUGAUUGACUUGGACGAUCAGAGGCGCCAUGCGAUGCGCGGCCGGCUCUACUACACAGCCAAGGCCAAGAAGAACGGGAAGGUGAUGAUCAAGAUCCACCCCUGCUCCCGCCUGUGCUUUUGCAAGUGCUGGAGCUGCUUCAAAGAGGUGGACGCGGAGCAAUAUUACAGCGAGCUGGAGGAGCAGCUGACGGACGAGUUCAACGCCGAGUUCAACCGCGUUCGGCUGAAGCGUCUGGACCUGAUCUUUGUCACCUUCCAGGACGCCAGGAUGACAAUGCACAUCAUGGAGGAUUACAAGUACGUCCACUGUGGUAUAUAUCCCCAGCAGUCCUCGGUGACCAGCACCAUCAGAUCCUACCGCUGGAGGGUUGCCUUUGCCCCACACCCCAAAGACAUUAUUUGGAAACACCUGUCCAUCCGCCGCUUCCAUUGGUGGGCCCGCUUCAUCGCAAUCAACACCUUCCUCUUCUUCUUCUUCUUCUUCCUCACCACACCCGCCAUCAUCAUCAACACCAUUGACAUGUACAACGUCACCCGCCCCAUCGAGAAGCUGCAGAGCCCGAUCGUCACCCAGUUCUUUCCCUCCCUGAUGCUCUGGGCCUUUACAGUGAUAAUGCCUCUGAUUGUCUACUUCUCUGCCUUCCUCGAGGCCCACUGGACCAGAUCGGGUCAGAAUCAGGUCAUUGUGUAUAAGUGCUACAUCUUUCUAGUGUUCAUGGUGAUCAUCCUGCCCUCUAUGGGGCUGACCAGCUUGGAUGUCUUUUUCCGCUGGCUCUUUGACAUCUACUACCUGGACGAGGCAUCCAUCAGGUUCCAGUGUGUGUUCCUGCCCGACAACGGCGCCUUCUUCAUCAACUACGUGAUCACGGCAGCUCUGCUGGGCACAGGCAUGGAGCUGCUGCGCCUGGGGUCGCUCUUCCUGUACAGCACCCGCCUCUUCUUCUCCCGGUCGGAGCCGGAGAGAGUCCACAUCAGAAGGGACCAGGCCAUAGAAUUCCAGUAUGGGCGCGAGUACGCGUGGAUGAUGAACGUCUUCAGUGUGGUGGUGGCGUACAGCAUCACCUGCCCUCUCAUCGUCCCUUUCGGGCUGCUGUACCUGUGCAUGAAGCACGUCACUGACCGCUACAACAUGUACUACUCCUACGCGCCCACCAAGCUCAACGAGCAGAUCCACAUGGCCGCCGUCAACCAGGCCAUCUUCGCGCCGCUGCUGGGUCUGUUCUGGAUGCUCUUCUUCUCCAUCCUGCGGUUAGGUUCGCUCCACAACAUCACCAUCUUCUCCCUCGCCAGCCUGAUCAUUUCCCUGAUAAUUGCCUUCCUGGGCACCUGCAUGGGGAAGUUACGGAGGGCAGGUGACUAUGAGCCUCGGCAGGAGAUGGAGGCCGUGUUCGACAUGGAGCCCAGCAGCACCUCCUCCACGCCCACCUCCCUUCUGUACGUGGCCACCGUGCUGCAGGAGCCGGAGAUGAACCUGACCCCGGCCUCUUCCCCCGCCCGGCACACCUACGGCACCAUGAACACAGCGCCCGAAGAGGGAGAAGAGGACAGCGGUGUGAGGGGCUUUGCGAGGGAGCUGGACUCGGCCCAGUUCCAGGAAGGCCUGGAACUGGAGGGCCAGAGCCAGUACCACUGACCAGGACCCAAGGCCUCCCCUGACUUCUCCAGCCAGGAGGGGUAGCCAGGGGAGGGCCAGGCAGGAGGAGGCACGAGGGCGGCCUGGACCUCCCCACGACUUCCUGCAGACUUUGGAAGGGCCUAGCGAAGACGUCUGCCCAUCUCGCCAUUGGGCGCAUGGA